AUGAGUGCCGUAUGGGCUCGUCUCGGCCCCGUAUUCGCAACCCUAGACGUCCCCUUCACCUUCCGCACCGAGGCGCCAGCAUCAAAGUGCAUCGGCCUCGCCAAGCUCAUCCCUGGGCCAGAUAAUAAAGGCUGGCAGAUCUGCGUCCUAACCACCGCCGUCAUCGAACUAGACGAGAAACCCUUUGGCCCCCUCCCGCGAACAGCCCCGUCCCUAAUCGAUCCCUCGCAGCGCGGCAACCCCCACGCACAAGGUCUCCCCCGUCUCAAGGACGGCAACGCAGUCCUGGACGCCGUCAUUGUAGGUGGAAGCUGCACCGGCAUCGCCAACGCAAUCCAGCUCGAUGCCGCGGGCGCGAAUGUAGCCGUCUUCGAUGCUGAGCCCCAGGCGGGCGGGAAUUGGUCGACGAGGCGGUACGAGAAUGUCACGCUUCAUCACCCUGCGUUUAUGAUUCAGCUGCCACGGUUCCCUGUGCCGGAGGAGUAUCCCAACUUUCUCAAGGGGACGGAUCUGACGCGGUAUUAUUCCUCGGCUGUACAGGAGCUGCGACUGCCUUUCUUUGGCGGGGUUGCGGUUCUGAGGAAUUCGUGGAAUGAGGCGGAGAAGAUCUGGACGGUGCAGGUCAAAGAUGUCAAGACGGGGGAGGAGAUGACACUCAAAGCGAAGAACUUGGUACUUGCCAACGGAUUCAUGGUCGGCAAUGAUAACCCCCGCGUUCCGAAGCUGAAAGGAAGAGAACUCUUCGCGGGACCGGUACAACAUACGACAGAGUACCGCAACCCGGCAGACUACAAGGGUAAACGCGUCCUCGUGGUCGGGGUGGGUAACUCCGCGCACGACGUCGCAGGCAACCUAGCUUCGGACCCGGAUGUCAAAAGCGUCACGAUCCUGCAGCGCAGCCCGACAUUCCUCGUCGACUUUGCGACCGUCGCGCCUAUCCUCAUGAUGCGGUACAAGGGCGACAUCCCCGUCAACACGGCGGAUUUCUUGCAGGAGUCGCUGCCGGUAGGGAUGCUGCGGGACAUGGCGCGCGCGGCUAUCGGCGCGGCGGUCGCUGGCGCGGAGGAUAGGAGUAAAGCGCUCGAGGGCUUAGGUUACGCUGUUCGGCGGGACCCGUGUUUGAUGACCCAGGUGUUUGAGGAGAGGGGCAGCGCGUUCUACGUUGACCAGCCGGGGACGUUUGAUCUUGUUUUUGGAGGACGGAUCAAGAUUGCGCGGGGCGAUGCCGUUGGGUUCGUGGAGGAGGGUGUUGUUGUGAGGGAUAAGGAGACGGGGAACGAGAGGGUUAUGGAGGCGGAUGGAGUGGUGUUGGCGACUGGGUAUGAGGUUGUGGAUUUGCCUUCCAGGUGGAGGGCGAGCGGGUUUGUUGAUGAGGAGACGGCUGGGAAGUUGGUGAAUGCAAGUGCUUAUGGGGUGGAUGAGGAGGGGGAGGUUCCUGGGCUUGUGACGUCUUCUGGACGUGAGUACUUUUUGCCUUGUUGUCUGUCAGCAGUCUUUGAUAAACCGGAAACAUCAACCAAAAUGACUGCAAAAGCACUGCCAAAUGUCGAGCGGACGACCAUCGCGGGGUCAAUCGAGAUACCCCGCAUCCUCAACGGCCUCUGGCAACUCGCCGGCGGGCACGACCAGAACAUUGACGUCGCGGCAGCAGCAGAUGCGAUGAAGCCAUUAAUUCAGGCAGGUCUCGAUGGCUUCGACAUGGCAGACCACUACGGUCCCGCAGAGCUCGUCAUCGGCUACCACAACCACAACCACACUUCACCCGCGCACCACCCCAUCACAGCCUUUACAAAGUGGUGUCCCGCCGAAAACGGCGAUAAAUCCCUCGAAACGGCAGAAGCGGCCGUGGAACUCGCUCUCAAUAGGUUGGGCCAGAGGCAAAUCGCGCUGAUGCAGUACCACGUGUGGGAUUACACCGACGACACGUACCUCUGCAACCUCUCCCACCUGCGCACCCUCCAGGAAGCAGGCAAGAUUGCGCAUAUAGGACUCACCAACGUCGACGCGGCGCACUUAGAGUUACUUCUUCACUCGGGCUACGAAAUCGCUACGAACCAGGUCUCGUGCUCCGUGAUUGAUCGCCGGUUGACGAGGGGCCGGAUGGCGGGGGUAUGUACCCGGCACGGUGUAGGCGUGUUAGCCUACGGGACGCUACUUGGUGGCUUUCUGAGCGAGAAGUGGAUUGGAAAGCCGGAGCCUGCGGACGAUGGGAAGGGGACGAACUGGAGUCUGAGAAAGUACCUCCGCUUCAUCCACGCGGCGGGCGGCUGGGAUGACUUUCAGCGUGUUCUCAAGGCUGUCUCCGACGUUGCGAAAAAGCACGGCGUCUCUGUUGCGGCGGUAGCGGUGAGGUGGGUGCUUGAUAUACCAGUCGUCAAGGCAGUCAUCAUCGGGGCGAGGUUGACUUCCGAGAGCGGGAGGUAUGCCACGGAUAAUCUCGCUGCGUUUGGUAUCUCGCUUGACGAGGAGGAUCGGGGCAGGAUCGAGGCUGCGCAGGCGGGGUUGAAGGAUAUACCGGGGGAUUGUGGUGACGAGUACAGGAGGCCGCCGUUCUUGACGGCUUCGGGGGACUUGAGCCAUCAUCUCCAGGAGGAGGAAAGUGAGAGAGACAAGGUGGAAAAGGCUAUUGCCAAGGGGAGGAGGGUUGAGUUCCGCUCGGGUGGGAAGUGGGAGCCCGUUGCUGGGUACUCGCGCGCCGUGAGAUUUGGGAAUGUCAUACGGGUGUCUGGGACGACGGCGAACCCGCCGCCUGAGCUCCGGUCUGGACUUGAGGUGAUUGGAGGGACAUCUGCUCGAUCUCAGGCGGUGGCGGCGCUGGAUACAAUUGAGGGGAGUCUUAGGCGGUUGGGGGGAAGCAUGGCGGAUGUGGUCCGGACGAGGGUGAUGCUCCGGCAGGAAGAGGAUGUGGUGGAGGUAUCAGAGGCUCAUGGAUGGGCCUUCAAGUGUCACGGGGUACGUCCGGCUAAUACCACGGUGACGGCUGGGCUCAUUGGGGAUGAGGUUCUUGUUGAGAUUGAAGUUGAGGCAGAGGUGGGCAGUGGCAAGUCUGUGUUGGUGAUCGGUGAGGAUCGUGGGGUGAUUUAA